CUGCUCCAAGGCGACAUCGUUUGGGUGUCUUGUCUUCAAACAAAGAUGGCGAAAAAGGCAAAAGGGUCUCACUCUGCUUCUUCUCCAUCGACCUCUGCCUCUUCCGGCAAACUAGUGUUGAGGAUUAAAUCAAACGAGGGAAUCAAGAGAUCAGUGCGGCAGACAAAUUCAAGAAAGAAACUCAUAGCAAAGCAAAAGAAGAAGAAACAGAAGAUUGAUGCCAAGAAACCAAAGAAACCUCCCACUGCUUUCUUCUACUUCUUGGAGGAUUUUCGUAAAGAAUUUCAAGAGCAGAAUCCAGAUGUAAAGUCAAUGCGUGAUAUUGGCAAGGCAUGUGGAGAGAAGUGGAAAACAAUGACUUAUGAGGAGAAGGUUCAAUACUAUGAUAUUGCAACAGAAAAGCGUGCAGAAUUUGAUAGAGCAGUUGCAGAAUUUAACAAGAAAAUGGAAAGUGGCGAGUUUGAAGAAUCUGACGAGGAAUCAGAGUUCGAAGAGUAAAGUCACGUUAUUUUUUCUAACUAUGCAAGGUUGGAUCUGUAUUAAUUGAAACUGCUUGGACUAACAAUUGUAUAUUCAGCUCUUAUUUGUCCUUGUUGAUAAUUAUCAUUUCUGUGCCAUGUGUAAAGUACAUUAGUUGUAUUUAGAUGUUUAAAUUUGCAGAUUUGGGCAUAUAUGUUGAGAUAGUGAAUGCUGCGUAAAGGUUCAAAAUACGCAUAAAAGUUGUCUCUGAUAGACUUGGUUUAUAUCUCAUGCACUGUGUCUCCAGACACAUAAUAUAUAACUUCUACGUUUUUGUCA